UCCGCAGUCUCUGGUAAUCUCCUUUACUGUCUGCAGUCUCUGGUCAUCCCCUGUACUGUCCGCAGUCUCUGGUCAUCUCCUGUACUGUGUCCGCAGUCUCUGGUCAUCCCCUGUACUGUGUCCGCAGUCUCUGGUCAUCCCCUGUACUGUGUCCGCAGUCUCUGGUCAUCCCUGUACUGUGUCCGCAGUCUCUGGUCAUCCCCUGUACUGUGUCCGCAGUCUCUGAUCAUCUCCUGUACUGUGUCCGCAGUCUCUGGUCAUCUUCUGUACUGUGCGUCUUAU